GAUUUGGUAUUGGCAAUGUUGCUGCUUAGGCUGCUGCGUUUGUUCAGCGACGAAGACAUGUCAAAGGAGCUGAUGUUGUCGAGCAAGAGACAUGGUUCAGUUGAUCGAGUUUUUGUAAUUUGUGGUGAAGACGAGUUGUUAAAGAAGGAUUUUCAAAGAUGGAUGGUCGAGAAAAAUCACCCGAAUGAAGUGGUGGAGAUCACAGGAAGUGAUCACAUGGCCAUGAUGUCUAAGCCGGUUGAGCUUUCAGUUCAUCUCCGGUGCAUUGCUGACAAGUAUUCUUGA